GAAGGAAAUGGCCGAUGGCACAGGCACGAGUAUCCGGUCAGGUACGACGCUCGCGACCACCGGCACGCGGCCUCGAAAUGAAGGGAUGAAGGCGGGCACGCAAGAGAUCUGGCGGUGCCCGUACGUCGGACGGUUCAAGGUGGACAGGCAGAGUAUGACGGUAGACCCGAUGAAACCGCAACAACGCUUGACUAUUAAACAUAUUAUCGAUCCCUACUCCAAGGGCAAUACUAGAGGCGGCCCGGGCGUAGUCAUACACAAGCACUCACGUGCGAUUGCCUUCUCCAUUUUCCGCCGUCACGACCUUUUCAGCCACCGGCAGGGCACGAAUACGAGUUUAGCGAUGACCGCUAGUAUCCUGCUUGCGCCUAAGAAAGUCCAGGAACAGUACACGAGCACGCGUACGACCAGUCACUUGAAUACCCACGGUCUUUUAGAGGACCGACCCAGUCGAAGUGGUACUCGUGGCAAGAGCGCGACCCCGCACAGCGGUGGUCACAAUACGAGGGACAGUGCCAGGAAGGACAAAGAUAAAGACAAGAAGGAGAAGGGUAAAGACAAGGAGCUUGGCCUACCGUCGUCGUCGGACCGCUCUCGGGAGGUCACCCCUGUUUCCCAAGAUACUUGGGCUACUCCGCAUCAUAAGUAUCCUUCUUCCGCGUCUGUCGCUGCAGAGUCAUCGACGGUGGGGUCCAGCGCCUGGACGUCCGGGUUGUCUUCGAAAAACUCCUCCCUCGACUCCACGAAUCGUCCCAGCACGGCUGGCACGUCUGUGAGCCGCUCUCAGUACCCGCCCAGCGAACGUGAUGACCCAAUGGAUACUGAUGACGAGGAAGACCAUCACCCGCCGCGCACAUCACAUGCCGAAGCUUUCGCAGCGCUCAACCCGGACGUUAUGGGGCACAUAAAACCUGAACGACGACCGAUUGAUUACGCUCAUUCCACGCAGUCCUCCCGGUCCUUCGGGAAGGGUCUUCUCAGCCGGAGCAAGGGGUCACGUAAAGCUAGCGCGAACCCGGCACCUCACGCUGCCAUAGACCAGCCUUUCACUCCGCCGUGGAUGAUGAUGGCCGCUCGAUCGAAGCAGGAAGAGCAGGAGCGGAUCAUUGCUAACAUCGACGAGUCGUUCAGAGGCGUUGGUCUCCUGCCCGCUUACAGGUCGGACAAGUCGCGCACGAAGCCUCGGGAUCGGCCAGCGCCGUCCAGCGGCAUCAAUUUUCUGGAGGACGUGCCGCAAGAUUCUCUGUAUAUGCUUCUUCCGCUAUGGCCCGGCCAGACUGACCCUGCUUCGUCCCUUUCCGCCGAGGAGCAUGCCGCGCUGGACCUUAGGCUGGAGGACAGACAGUAUCUCCUUGUCUACUACGUCCCUUUCGAAAGAAAGAAGACCGGGAAAGAUAAGGACAAAGACCCGACAAAGAAAAGAUCCAGGGCGCAGACGACGGUGGAGACAUCUUCGCCGCACUCGUCGAAGAAUAUAUUGCUGGAGUCCUUCCGGGUCUGCUCUCGUCUUCUUGGUUAUGACGACCUCCGCGGCUCGGGCGUCCGCCUGCCCACAGACGGCCUGGCUGUUACUGGCCCUCUUGCCGAGGCCAUCAACAGUAUUCCCCAUCCGACUGUCCGAGCGGAAUACCAGCAACCAAUGGUCAUAGCCAUGUGUGAAAGACGAGAAGAUGGCGUGCAAUUCAUGCCCGAUGGUUUGGAGAAACUGGGAUUGUGCACCCCUGCUGCGCGCAGGGAUUCUAUCCCUGAUCUGGACCCUGACCCGCAAUUGACCGCUGUCGGAAGGGCUGCGGUAGAGAUGGCGUGGCUGGGUUGCAUGGCGUUAACGAGCUUUGGUAAUGUCUGAAAUGAAUCAUCUUUACGAAAUCUACUCCAGAUUGAAUAUUUAUUGUAUCGAUAUAUCUCCCUCGCUUCCCUGCGCUUUAUCCAGUGUAACCUUGUUGAAGUCAGACGGAAAUUGUCGUCCCUCUUCCCGGAGGCGACAUGUCGGAAUACCUGUAACAUAUGCCUAUGUACAC